UAAAUGAUCAAGUUGGGGAAGUCCGUCUGCACCGAGAUUUCUGCAACUAGUAAGUAUGAGGUUUUAAACAUACGGUGCUGGCAGGCAAAGUAAACAUAAAUACUCUCCUCCCAGGAUUUGGAAAGUGUCCCGCCCAGUUUUAAUGCUUGUGUGUAUAUAUAGAGGCUGAGCCAGCUCUCUCGCAAAGGAGCCUCCUUCUUCCUGCCCUGGCCUCUGCCUCCUUCCAGCUAGGCCCUCUCUCUUGUCUGCUUGCCCGGAUGCGCCAGCAACCAUGAGCCGCCAGUUUAGCUCUCAGUCAGCGUUUAGCUCAAGGAGCAAGCGGUUUUAUAGCCUCUGCUCUUCUGCAGGUGGUGGUGGGAGGUCGGCUGUGGGGUUUGCGGGUCAGGCUGGAGGGUGGUGUGGUGGUGGAGGGUAUGGGGGCCGUGAGGGGUUUGGCUCCCAGAGCCUGUACAAUUUGGGUGGCAGUAAAAGCAUCUCAGUGAACCUAGUGGAGAGAAGCACCAGUGGUUUCCGCCAGGGUGGGGGGGGAGCGGGAGGGGCACUUGGAGGAGCAGACACUUUAGGUGGUGGCUCUGGAGGUGGUGGUGGCUCUGAGGUGUGCUUUGGUGCUUUUGGGGGUGGUGGAUCUAGAAGUGGUGCCUUUGGAGGUGGGUGCCUUUGGGGGUGUGGCUUUGGAGGUGGUGGCUAUGGAGGAGGUGUGUUUUGGGGGUAGCAAUUUUGGGCUUGGGGCCUUUGGUUUUUCUUGUCCCCGGGGGGCAUCCAAGAGGUGACUAUUAAUGAGAGCCUCCUACAACCACUUGACCUGGAGGUGGAUCCUGAAAUUCAAAGGAUCAAGACCCGGGAGCGGGAGCAGAUCAUGGAUCUCAACAACAAGUUUGCCUCCUUCAUUGACAAGGUGCGAUUCCUGGAGCAGCAGAAUCAGGUGCUACAAACAAAAUGGGAGCUCCUGCAGCAGAUAAACACGUCAACUCGGACCAGAAACCUGGAGCCCAUCUUGGAGAACUACAUCAGCGACCUGCAGAAGCAGGUGGAUUUCCUCAAUUCAGAGCAGAUGCGCCAGAACACAGAGAUCAUGAGCAUGCAGGAUGUGGUGGAGGACUACAAGAACAAAUAUGAGCAAGAAAUCAACCAGAGGACCAACAAUGAGAAUGAGUUUGUCAUCCUGAAGAAGGAUGUGGAUGCUGCUUACCUACAGAAAGUGGACCUACAGUCCAAGGUGGACGUUCUGUCGGGGGAGGUGAAUUUCCUGAAAUAUUUAUUUGAGAUGGAGCUAUCCAAUAUGCAGACCCAUAUCAGUGACACCAAUGUCAUUGUGUCUAUGGACAACAACCGCUCCCUGGACCUGGACAGCAUCAUCAGAGCCGUGCAGGCCCAGUAUGAGGACAUCGCUCAGAGGAGCAAGGAGGAGGCAGAGGCGCUGUACCAGAGCAAGUACCAGGAACUCCAGAUGACAGCAGGAAGACAUGGAGAUGAUCUGAGGAACAGCAAGAUGGAGAUUGCAGAGCUCAACCGCACCAUCCAGAGGCUGCAAGCUGAGAUCAGCAACGUCAAGAAGCAGGUUGACCAGAUGCACAUGGUCAUUUCGGAUGCAGAAGAAAAAGGAGAUCGGGCCCUUCAGGAUGCAGGGCAGAAGCUGCAGGACAUGGAGGAGGCCCUGCAGCAGUCCAAGGAGCGCCUGGCCCGGCUGCUACGUGACUACCAGACACUGCUGAGCGCCAAGCUAGCCCUGGACGUGGAGAUUGCCACCUACCGCAGGCUGCUGGAGGGCGAGGAGAGCAGGAUGUCCGGAGAGCUACAGAGUCUCGUGAGCAUCUCUGUGCAGAGAAGUCAAGUGUCUGUUGGCGGUGGCACAGGAGGAGGCGGUGGUCGAGGCUCUGGAGGUUACCGCGGCAGCGGCGGCGGCGGCGGUGGCAGCCAGGGCUAUGGUGGUGGCAGCUCCUAUGAGGGUGGCGGGGGCUACGGAGGCGGUUCCGCAGGGGGUUCCGGAGGGAGCAGUGGAGGUGGUUAUGGGAGCGGCAGUGGCGGAAACUACGGAGAGAGCAGCAAAGGUAGAAGCAAGUCGGGGGGCAGAAACAGUCGUUCCUCCAAACUGCAGAUCAUCCAAACGUCUACCAAUACUUCCCAUACACAUAUCGUGGAGUAG